GGGGAUCAUUUGUGCGCCACUUUCAUUUUAAUCACCAAACCGUGACCGUGACAGCGGAAACGCGCAUCGGUCUGCGCAUCUCUGGAAUCUUCACUACAGUGUGGACAACCUCCCUGACAUCCAGAGACCUCUCCUCCGCAAUCCGACGAGGGCUUCUCUGCCGCCUAUGGCUGCUCAUCGUCGGCAUCCCUGAGCCGCUGGCCUCGUCCCCGGACCAUUCACCUGCAGCUGUCAUCUGAAGGUCUUUGAAUCAGGGAGACGUCUCUACGAUCAUCAUUAUUUUUUCUUUUCUUUUCUACAUCAUCAUCCUUAAAGAACCCGCUGCUAUGCUGGGCCCAUCUCUCUAGAUCUUUUGAUCAAUACACACGAGCUCUCAUCCCACAUCCGUCCGACCGAGACCCUGGUACUCUCAUCGAGCCCCGACGAUGCAUCCUAACGCAGCGAUGCUGGCGAUGCUCCUUCUGGGGAACUUGGCGGUGCCUUUCGCCUCGGCUCAAAACGCUGGGUUUGUGAAGUCGCCCAUGUCUGAGACUAAGCUUACGGGGGACACCUUUGAGCUGUACUGCGACGUGGUCGGAAACCCCACUCCAGAGAUCCAGUGGUGGUAUGCUGAGAUCAACCGAGCCGACUCCUUCAAGCAACUGUGGGACGGAGCCCGCAAACGUCGGGUAUCUAUCAACACGGCUUACGGCACCAAUGGCGUCAGUGUGCUCGGCAUCACGCGCCUCACACUGGAGGACUCUGGGACCUAUGAGUGCCGGGCCAGCAACGACCCAAGGCGCAAUGACCGCCGACAAAACCCUGCCAUCACCUGGAUCCGCGCCCAGGCAACCAUUUCAGUGCUACAGAAACCAAAGAUCGAUGCCUCUGAUCAGAUCAUCCUGUCAGCGGACACCUCAGGCAAACCCGUUACCCUGCAGUGUAACCUCACCACUGCCCACACCCCUCACAAGGAAAGCUUCUGGAUGAAGAAUGGACGGGAGAUCACCAAUACACGGACAGAUCAAAUGAACACAUCGCACAGAAUCAUUAAACCACGAGCGGACGUUUCCGGGGAAUACAUGUGUGUGUUCACAUUUGACAUGGCACCUAAUGCAAAUGCAACAAUCGAAGUAAAAGCGAAACCUGAUAUCACCGGCCACAAGAGGAGUGAAAAUAAAAACGAGGGGGAAAAUGCAACAAUGUACUGUAAGUCGGUUGGUUACCCACAUCCCACCUGGACAUGGCGUAAAGUGGACGGAACAUCCUACAUGGAAAUUGACAACUCUACUGGACGCUUCUUCAUCUACAACAGAGACAACUACACAGAGCUCUACAUACUAAACCUGGACAUAGAAACAGAUCCUGGAAUAUAUGAAUGCAAUGCCACCAACGUGAUAGGAAACACAGCUGAGACCACUAUUCUGCGUGUGCGCAGCCAUCUUGCACCGCUUUGGCCUUUCCUGGGAGUGCUAGCAGAGAUUAUAAUCCUAGUUGUCAUCAUUGUUGUGUACGAGAAACGCAAGAGGCCAGACGACAUCAUCAUCGAGGACGAUGAACCAGUAGCACCAAUGAAAACCAAUUCAACAAACAACCACAAGGACAAAAAUAUUCGCCAGCGGAAUACAAAAUAAGCAAUUUACUCAAGUGAGAUGGCUAAAAACUGUGUUAUUGUGACAAGAUGAAGGUGUCAGCGGUGGAAAGAUCUCCAGGCAGUUUCGAAUAUAAGCAUAUCUUGUCUCUUUUUAUGAGAAACAAUAUCAGCAUAACACUGGCAACAAAAAGAACAUAACGGCUGUCUUAAGCAUGCCUUAUUCAGUCUGACGUGGAGAUUUCAGGUCUGACGAAUAAUGACUAAAACCACCUCAAAGGUGUACACAUUUUUAAUGUGCUGUUGAUGUCUCCUUUAUUGAUUUCAUCAUGUCCUCGAUUGAGGUGAUCCUUUUGUAUUACAUAUCAUGUACAAUGCAUGCAAGAUUAUUACGCAAUAGGAUACUCAGAAUAGACAUUUUCUGUUGUUAUCCCCCUCGUGUGGCUUUUUUUGCAUCCAAAAUGACCUAUGUUUUUUAUGAAGUCAAUAUAUAUAUAUAGAUAUAAAUAUAUCUAUAUAUGUGUGUGUGUGGAGAUAUAUAUAUAUAUAUAUAUAUAUAUACAUAUAUAUAUAUGAGAGUUAUUCUUAAAGAUUUGUACAGCAUAUCAUGGUCAGUUAACUAUGUUUGAUUUUGUGACAAUAAGUCCACUUUUAACCGAACUUUUAUUGUGAAGCAAGGGCUUCAUUGACUGGCAGUAUUUAAAUUUAUUUAUUCAAUUGAGAGUGGUUACAGAAGAUGACUACUGUGUGUUUAAAUAUCUAAAAUAAAACAUGUAUUACUUUUAUUUUCUUUCCAAAGUAACUUAGGUGUCUUGUAUAUGUUGAUGUAUGAGUGUUCAAAUAAUAGGAAAUAUGUAAAAUAAUAUUUUUUUUGAUAUUCCCCAAAUUCAUGAAUUGAUUUUUAUUUUCUAUUUUUUCUCUUUAACUGUAUAGCAUGGCUAUAAUCCUAUGCAAUAUGUAUUCUUAAAUAGAUAUAUGGAGGGAGGUUUGUUUUACUCAGUGAAGCUUUAAUAUUGUGGGAUCACUUGGAAGCUGGCAUAGCAAAAUUCACUGCUGUAGCUGCAUGACUCCUGUUUCAAUACAAUGUAUCCAUGUGUGUGGCGGUGGGAAUGGACCGGCGUUAGGGUGGCGUCAGAGGGACCAGAGUGUAUAGCCACAAUCAAACAUGAGUGAGACCAAUAUUUUCUUUUCUGAAUAAAAAGUUUAAAAAAUGAA